AUGGCUGAAAAACGGCUGAAGCAGACACUGUGUGAUGCUGCUGAACGCGGUGAUACAGUCAGAGUGAAGCAGCUGAUAGAGGAAGGAGCCAAUCCUAAUAAUGCUGCUGAUGACCAUUUGAAAAGGACUCCCCUGCACCUGGCAGUUGAGAAAGGGCACCAUGAAACUGUAUCAGCUUUACUGGCAGCUGGGGCAGAUGCGAAUAUCCAGGACUAUGAGCAAAGAACUCCCCUGCACCUGGCAGCUAAGAGAGGCCGCAAUGAAACUGUAUCAGCUUUACUGGCAGCUGGUGCAGAUGUGAAUGUACAGGACAGGCAGCGAAGAACUCCCCUGCACCUGGCAGCUGAGAAUGGCCAACAUGAAACUGUAUCAGCUUUACUGGCAGCUGGUGCAGAUGUGAAUGGAAGGGACAAGUGGAAAAUGACUCCCCUGCACCUGGCAGCUGAGAAUGGCCACCCGAAAACUGUAUCGGCUUUACUGGCAGCUGGUGCAGAUGGGAAUGUACAGGACGAUGAGCGAAGAACUCCCCUGCACCUGGCAGCUGAGACUGGCCACCAUAAAACUGUUUCAGCUUUACUGACAGCUGCUGCAGAUCUAGGUGUGAAGGUACAGGACAUGUUGCAAGGAACUCCGCCGCACCUGGCAGCUGAGAAAGGCCACCAUGAAACUGUAUCAGCUUUACUGGCAGCUGGUGCAGAUGUGAAUGCACGGGACAGGCAGGGAGGAACUCCUCUGCACAGGGCAGCUGAGAAAGGUCACCACGGAACUAUAUCAGGUUUCCUGGCAGCUGGUGCAGACGUGAAUGUACAGGACACAUUGGACCUGAACCCGACCUAG